AUGGAGUUAAAGCGGUGGCUUGAGGAGCUUGUGAAGGUUGAAGACUCGGACCUGGCGGCUCUAGAGACCGUGCUUUGCGGCGCACAUCCUGGCGGAUUCGACGCUUACCUGGAGGAGCUCGAGGCGGAGCAAGGCGCGUCGCAGUGCAACGUGGUGUGGACGUACGGCGCGAUCGCGUAUCGCUGCCGCGACUGCCAGAUCAACGACGCCAGUGCCAUCUGCGUGAAGUGCUUUCAGGAGGGGGACCACCGUAAUCAUGACUAUGUGAUGUACCGCAGUGAGUCAGGCGGCUGCUGUGACUGUGGCGAUCCUUCCUCCUGGAAUCCCAAGGGUGCUUGCAAGCGCCACCGCCACCAGGAGCACUCAGCAGACACACCCAAACCGCUGCCCGGGAAUCUCGGGCAGGUGACUGAAACAGCAGUGGCAGCAGUGGUGGCGCAGCUGGUGCUGCAGGUGGGGAAGGCGGUGAAAUCCCCACUGCAACCCCCCCGGGACCUGCUCAAGCUGAUUGCGUGGCUCGACAAGAUCUCGCACGCAGCAGGCAUAAGAGACAUAGUGU